AUGGCAGAUCACCAAUGGCAUCCUCGACGACGCUAUAUUGCUGGUGUGUGCGCCUUAAUCGUCGUCGUCUUCAUUUGGGUCACCUCGUCAUUUGCGGUCAACAGUAUCUUUGGAGAGCAGCACUACGAUAAGCCCUUCUUCCUCACGUACCUUAAUACUGCCACAUUUUCGCUUUACUUGUUGAUCGCUCGCUUCAAGAGAAAAGAUAGCAAAGCUGUAACGGAAGAGGUGCUGUCAAUGCACGAGAUAUCACAAAUGGAUCAGCCAUGUGACGAUGACAAGUUGAAGCCGAAAGAAACCAUGUAUCUUGCCCUGUCGUUUUGCUUCUUGUGGUUUGUCGCCAAUUACGUUACCAAUGCGAGCCUUGCCUAUACCAGUGUCGGAAGCAGUACCAUCCUUUCAUCAACAUCGGGCUUAUUCACACUUGCACUUGGUGCUCUAUUCGGCGUUGAAAGCAUCACCAUUACACGGGUGCUAGCUGUGGUUAUCAGUUUCUCGGGGGCUGUGCUAGUUUCCUAUUCCGAUAGCACAGGAAGACGUAUCUUAGGCGACAUGUUGGCAUUGUCAGGAGCAUUAUUUUACGGGCUGUACACCAUUUUAUUGAAGCGUCAAAUUGGGAGCGAAUCUCGUAUCGACAUGCCUCGUUUCUUUGGAUGGGUGGGUGUUUUCAACGUGGUAUUGCUAUGGCCCAUCAUUCCACUGUUUCAUUAUACUGGCAUUGAGACAUUUGAGCUGCCCCAUGGACCUGCACUAUGGCUCAUGCUGCUGCUGAAUGCCUUUGUUGGAACAUUCAUAUCGGAUUACCUCUGGUUACUAGCAAUGCUUAUGACAUCGCCACUGGUAGUAACAUUGGGUAUAUCACUUACGAUCCCUUUGGCACUUGUGGGUGACCUUGUAAUCAAGCACAUCAUACCUGGAUGGCAAUACAUCGUUGGGGCAUUAUUAGUCAUCACUGGCUUUGUUAUCGUGAACCUUGCCACCCUUCCAAAUCCUGAUGAAAAGCCUACCUAUAGUGCCGUCUCACAAAAUGAAAAUGAAAACCAUGAGCUGGAAAUUGUACCAUAG